GUUGCGGCUAACAAGAGGGCACAACAAAUCUUGUUAUAAAAUUUGCACAGGGUUAUAAUGGAGUCAGGAGCACCAGAUCCAGGGAUCGACGAAGCUAGUAAUCUUUUCACAUGGAAAAGAUUGAUUAAAGAGGUAAAGAAAGUGAGUCUGCUUGCAGCACCAAUGAUAACAGUGGCAAUACUCCAAUAUAUGGUGCAAGUCGUGGCGUUGAUGAUUGUCGGACGUCUUGGUGAACUUCCUUUGGCUAGUGUUUCCAUUGCCCUCUCUGUUACCAACAUCUCCGGCUUUAGUCUUUUUAUUGGACUAUGUGGUGGGUUGGAUACACUAUGUGGGCAAGCAUAUGGAGCAAAGCAAUACGAAAAAAUUGGAACAUACAUUUACAGUGCAAUUAUAUCUCUGCUUUUUAUUUGCGUUCCUAUAAGCCUAUUAUGGAUUUUCAUGGACAAAGUACUGAUUCUGAUAGGGCAAGAUCAUCAAAUCUCAGUUGAAGCACAAAAAUUUGCAGUUUGGCUAAUCCCAGGACUCGUAGCAAGCGCUUUCUACGAUCCCUUGGUUCGAUUUUUACAAUGCCAAAGUCUUGUUUUCCCUCUGCUAAUGAAUUUUGCAGUUGUUCUUGGUAUAACCACUUUAUCAUGCUGGAUUUCUGUCUAUAAAUUGAAUUAUGGAAUUCAAUCAGUUGCCUUCUCUCUUAGUCUUUGCGGUUGGCUUAACGUUAUGUUUCUUGGGAUUUACAUCAAGUGUUCUUCUGUUUGUGAAAAAACUCGUACCCACUUCUCCAAAGAAGCUUUCUAUAAUAUUUGGCCUUUUCUUCGGUUUGGCUUCCCUGCUGCUUUGAUGAUUUGCCUCAAGUGGUGGGCUUUUGAAGCUGUGGUGUUGCUUUCAGGUCGCCUUCCCAAUCCACAACUUGAGACAUCAGUGCUUUCCAUAUGUCUCAACAUAUCAACAUUACUUUUCACAGUUCCAGUCGGAUUAGGUGUUUCAGUAGGCAUAAGAGUGGCAAAUGAGCUAGGUGCAGGAAAUGCAGAAGCAGCAAGGCUAUCUGCCUGGGUUGUGACAAGUGCAGUUGUAAUAGAGACCUUUGUAGCAGGUGUGAUUUUGUUUUGUGUUCGACAUAUAGUGGGAUACGCUUAUAGUCAUACCGAACAAGUUGUGAGUUAUGUUGCAACAUUGGCCCCCUUCCUUUGCCUUUCCAUCAUCACUGAUGGCCUACAAAUGGUCCUUUCUGGAGUUGCAAAAGGAAGUGGAUGGCAGCGUAUAGGAGCAUAUGUGAACCUAGGAGCAUUUUACAUAGUAGGAAUCCCAGUAGCAGUAGUGCUUGCUUUUGUUCGCCAUUUGAAUGCAAAGGGUCUAUGGAUUGGUAUAUUGGUAGGGUCAAUCUUGCAAUCGAUAUUGCUGAUCAUAGUUGCGGCUCUUACAAACUGGCAAAAACAGGCUAUCAAAGCAAGAGACAGGGCAGCUGUAGGUAAUGCUGAACAGAGAACUAAUAACACUCAGUGAUGAUGAAUAACCACCAAAGUUUGAGAUCAAGUGUUUUUUUACUGUCGCAGACCUCACUGACUACAGCCGGAUGUAGUUGUCACAUUACCAAUUCAAAUUACAAUAUCAAACUAACAAGCAACAUUGAUUGGUGGGCGUGUGGAACUAAUCAAUAUCUUCAAUAAAAGAAAACCUUAAUUGAGUUUUGAA